AUGUUCUCCCCAAGGAAAAACAGCCUUCCCUCCCCAAGCCUAGAAGAUUCCUUCUUCCCUCUUUCCCCAUCCUCCUCUCAUUCUGUUUCCCUCGCUCUCGCGUCUACAUCCUCUCAUCUCUCGGGUGAGGUUGACGGCGGAGGGGGAAUAGAGACAGACCUCUUCCUAGCCGCAGAGCUAGGCCAGGCUUUACUGGACAAGAAUGAGGAGCUAGCGGCUACUCUGCAGCAGAGGGAGAGGGAGUUGGAGACUUUAAAGCAGGAGAAGCACGUUCUGCAGAGGAAGCUGGAGAUGAAUGAGCUGGCAUCCGGGCAGAGAGAGUCGGAGUUGACAUCUGACUUAGCCACCUUGCGGGCUGAGCUGGAGCGUCAUCACAGCCAAGGGCGAGACCGAAGAAGGGAUGACAGCGAACAGCUGACCCAGCUAGCCAGUCACAACCAACGUUUAGUGGAGCAGCUAGCAGAGGCUGUCACUCUGGAGCAUUCCUUGAGAACUGAGCUUCGUUCUCUCAGAGAAGAGAUGGAAGAGUCAUCUUUUAACAGAAAUAUCAGUUACACACAACUAGAGAACAUACAAGCAGAGAAUAAGGUUUUGCAGGAGCGCAUGUCCCACAUGGAGAAACAGCUGAGAGCAUCACAAGAGGACACUGACAGACUGAGAUCAGAGAGGGAGGCAUUGAGAGAAAAACUGAUGGAAGUGCAGGCCAAACUGAGAGAAAAAGAAACAGAGAUUGAGCAGGAGCAGGGAGUGGUGUUUGAGUUGCGUACGUUGAAUCGCUCUCUACAGCAAAAAGCUCUGGGCCUGGGAGAAGAGAGCGUCUUGGAGAAUACACACACACAACCUCUAUCUCUGCUUAGUGAAAUUCAGCAAUCGCAGGCUAAAGAGGUUCUUCUAGCUCAUUCUGUGGUCCUCCAAGCAAGAGAUGACGAGAUACAGACGCUCAAAGAGGAGCUGCAUUCUCAACAGAAGGAGCUCGAGUCUUUGAGGGAGGAAGUCAGACCAUUUAGAAACACCCCGGGGAAACCGGGCUACAGGUCCCUGGAGAGUGAGUUGGCAACGGUGCACCAGGAGAAGGACUCACUGACACAGCAACUCCUCAACACCAUCAAACACAAGGUGGUGCUGUCCCAAGAACUGGAUGCCUGGCAGGAGGAUAUGCGGGUGGUGAUCAAUCAACAAGUGCAACACCUAGAAGAGGAAAGACUGAGGGAACAGCGGCAAGAGAAAGCGAGAGAAAAAACAACAGGGCUUCAAAGAAGCAAGUCUUUGAGGAUGAGGGGCGAAGGAGGGAAGGGAUUCUUCUCCUCUCUGUUCGGGACAAACAGCUAAGGCGGAUGACGAUAUUCAGCAGAAGCGGAGAGAUUAUAAUGUGCCCUUGCCUCAUUUAUGCAGUAAUGUACUGUGUGAUGUCUAUUAAGACAUAGAGGCGAGAUGUUUACAGACCUCAUAUUUUAAUAUAUUUACAUAUAUUUUUGUACAGAUUUAUAUGAAAGUUUUAAUUUUCAGAAUUUCAUAUUUGUACCUGCCGUAUCUCAAUAUUUUAAUUACAUAGCGUAUUUGACAAAUCCUCUUUUUGCAAGAGAAUGCCAAGUGAAAAUAAAGCUUUUAA